AUGUCUUUUACCAUCGAAGUGUCGCCGACAGUUCUUUCCAGUGACCUGUUUACACCUUACCAGGCUCCACGUGUCACUCUCCCGAGUGUUGGGUAAGAAUAUCGUUGUUCCGAAUAAUUUAUGUUGAGCCACGCCACGCCUUUUAUAACUGAUAUUAAUAUUCCAGUUUUAUAGCGUAUGUAUAUAUAUAAUUUUCUUACUAACCCACAGCCGUAUCGUUUGACGUCUCUAAAGCUUAGUGACAGUCGAAAGAAUGACGAGAUAUUGCCGCCGCCGAUUCGAGUGAAUUAUCCUAAAUCAACUUGGCAGAAUGAACCAUGGCCGGGACACCAUUCAUACACUUCACACCGCUCCAAAUUUGAAGUUUUCCCGCGAAUUGAUCCUCAACGAACUGAAUAUGGGGGUCCUGUUCUACCACAAAGCCGGACGAAACAGGAGCUUGGGGCUGCCACUAAUCUUGCCCUAGGCCUGCUGACCCAGAAGCGCUACCAGUCGACCCAGUAUCGAGAAUCAUCUCAAGGUUACACCUAUGCAACGGAAGCUGCGUUAUUUAACCUUCUCGACCAAUCAAAUCAGAGAGAAAACAGUGGCGUUACCCCUAUGGUUUGUAGUCCGGAGAUAGGGGAUGUAGAAUCGAAGGAAUUGAAUUCCUCCAAGGAAACGGAUGAGGGUGACGAGACUGACAACAAGAAAGAAACUGACAAUAAUUCGGGAAUUGGAAGUGAUCAUGGAAAUGUGACGUCAUUGACUGAACAUGAUAACUUGGAUACUUCGAUUAUUGAUAGUGUUCAUUCUGAAAAUUGCCCGUUACAUCAAAGGGAUAAUAAUGAUAUACGGAAUGUUUCAUUUAGCGAAAAACUAAAGAUAUCUGAUAUGACACCAGACACCAAUACACAAAAGACCACGGUUGUUACUGGAAUUGGACCAUGUUGGCCACCGAGCACUAGUUACGUGAUCGAAAAUAUCAACGGAGCUCAGCUCUUGGAACGUGACGAUAUUCAGAAAUUUCCCCCUGCAUACCAUAGCUCGUUAAAACCCGAGUGUACCUGUAAGAAGAAGAGGGUUAAGUCUGCCACUAGGCGUGCUAUCUCACAUUCCUACCGAGUUAGACCUUCUGGCAGUGUGUUUAAUAUUAUUCAAAGAUCGAAUGAGCAGCAUAGAGGUUUUUUGAAUCCCAUCACCCACCGUGUCAUGAACUACCCAUCAAGACCAAAGUCGCCACAUGUGAAGAAAGAUAACAGCAAAACCGCGGCCUGUGAACUCCUGCUCGAAAAGCUAGGAGUCGCUAGCAACCCGUCAAAAGACGAUCUUACCGUCGAAAAACGACCGUUCGUGAUCCCGAAGAGCUAUAGUAGGUGUAGUAGAGACAACCUGCCGGUACUAAAGGACAAGUCACAUACUGACAGAGCUAUGAUUGCAACCAGAUCCAGUUGGUCUUCCUUAAAUCUACCACUAGCACCUCUGUCAGAGUGCUUACCGAUGUCAGAGACUCGGACACCUCAGAGACUUGGUCUUUCCUUUAAAACGGAAGCACAUCGCAGGUUCAAGGCUUUUCAUCCGGAACCUGUCCCAGACCUUCGUGAUUCCCGCACUAGUGGACGGAAAGUGAUGUUCUUUAACUACCAUUCGUCCGUAUUCCGGGGCUAGCGACAGAUUUUAACGCGAAUGGGCGUUCAGAUCUAUCUAAACAGAUAGAUCUAAACAAAUAAUUGUUUAGUAACAUCAGAUAAACGUACGAUAUUUGUAAAACCACAAAAUUGUAUGUACUGUACCAUGAUUACAUGUCUAUAUAUACCGGUACCAAUUUAAUAUAUCUUUGUAACUUUUUAUUUCCAAUAUUUGAAGAUACGAUGCAACCACUUCACAUGAACGGAUAAUAAACUGGUUAUAAUCAACAUAACAACCAAGAUGAUGGUUGAUAAACAUGUUUUUUGGUAGU